AUGGUUGACCUGAGUGAUCACGAAAUGGUUGGUUGCAUACGUAAAUUAAACAAUGUCAAAUUUACUCCAAAGGUUAUAACAUGUCGUAAUUACUCGGCUUAUGAGCCUGAAGUAAUGAAAGAAGAUUUUAGGAGAGUCAAUUGGCAGUCAUUAUAUACUAUGAACGAUAUUAACAAGGCAUUAGAGUACUUUAACGAUACUGUUAAAGCUAUCUUUGACCGUCAUGCGCCUCAAAUGGUUAAGAAAGUAAGAGGAAAACCUUGUCCAUGGAUUAAUUCUGAUAUCAGAAAAACAAUGUCAUCUACAGAUUGUAUGCUAAGAAAAGCGCGUAGAACAAAAAAGGUAGAACAUUGGAAUUUAUAUAAGAAAUUACGAAACGCUUGCAAUAACAAAAUGCGGUUUGCGAAGAGUGCAUAUCAUAAUGACUUGUUGGAAACAGCAUCAAUCAACAGGUUUUGUCCUUAAUGAGCUGAAAAAAAUUCAAAAAGGCAAGUCCACUGGGGUUGAUGAGCUGCCGGCAGGCAUGUUGAAAGAUAUUCGCAAGUUUAUUUCAUAUUCAUUGUGUCAUAUUCUAAAUUUAUCGAUUGAAACAUCCACAGUACCAACUAUGUGGAAAGUGGCAAAGAUAAUCCCAAUAUAUAAAUCUGGAUCAUGUGAACUUCCUGAGAACUUUCGACCUAUAUCGGUGUUGCCAGUUUUGUCAAAACUAUUAGAAAGAGCUGUUCAUGGGCAAUAUCUUAGUUUUUAGAGGAAGAAAAAUUAUUAACUGAUUGUCAAUACGGGUAUCGGAUGAAGAGAUCAACAAGUCUAGCUGCAAUUCAAUUUAUCGAUGACAUAAGAAACGAAGUUGAUCAGGGGAACCUUGUUGGGGCCAUUUUUAUAGAUCUCAGCAAGGCCUUUGAUACUAUUAACCACGAUGCCCUUCCAACCUCGUUCCCAGGCUCUUUGCUCUUGGGAAGCAAAGACCCUGGUCGGAGCUGGUCACGUGAACCCCCAGAUUUUGGGGGUAAAUUGAAUUUGAUCUCAGGGAGGGGUAGUAGAGUAGUCUGUUUGUUGCGUUUGGAAAAUUGCAACUUUAUGUCUUAUAAUUUCGGGUGAUAAAAAUGUAAUUUGCAACAAGAGAUUGUGCAAGGAACUGUUCUAAAUUCGUACCGAUCAUGACAAGACUUCCUGCUAUACUGAAUGUCAUCAAUAAUAAGUGUUGCGUUACAUUUCAAGCGAGAAGCUGGAUCAUAUUUCACUUGCAAGGAAAACACUCCACACGCGCCUGGCUUGCGAAGUUUAGCACGUAUCGCCGUAGAAACAUACAUAUCUUCUACACAGACUGAUCGAUCAAACGGUAUUAAACGAACGAUAUGGUUCUUUAUAGUUGAAGGGUAUCCUGUCCGAUAUUCAAAACAAAAGAUUUAUUUUAUAACGGGAUCCUUUGUCUUUGAUUUCCCAAACAUCGCCAACAUGUGUAAACAAUAGUGCUAUUCUGACUGUAAAAGCACAGGAUUAAGAGCCGUUAUGGACUGGCUAUAAAAUUCAUUUCAUUUACAUUGCUGAAACUCAACGAUCAAGAAAUGUGUAGCUAGCUAUCUGUUAUCAAACAAACGCCAAGACGCCCUCCGUGCGUUUCCGUGUGUGCGGUACAACUUGAAUAUCUAGGACGAUAUAUGCACCAGACACUGGUAUUGAACUUUAUAUAAAUUAUUUCAUAUUUUGUAUAUACACUAAUUUGCAACAUGUAUAAUAUUAGACCUUUCAUUGACAUUGGCAUUGUCCAUUGAGGGCUUUAUUGAAGAAUAAUCCAGCUUCUUUAGACUUGUAUAAUGGAUUAAUGCUGCUGUGAGUUAUCAAUAUUUAAAUCAACUUUAAUCUUUAUCGUAUACUGUAAUCGACAUUGUAGAAGUUUAGUCUGUUUUACCAAACAAUACUGGAGGCAAACAACCUAUCUAUCAAUGGAAACUUUAAAAGGUUUGUUACAGUAAAACUCAUUGAUAUAUUAAGCGGCGAGACUUCGUGUGCAUAUACAGUUUAUGAAUUAUGUAUAUCCCUGAUAAAACGUAGGACACUUUAUACCAGAUAUAAUAAAAAAUACUGUGCUAAACCUUUUCGGCUGUCAUUCCUUUGCAUUUAAGGGGAGAGGGUAAAUGGCGAUAGAAUUUAUAGGAGAUGCUGUGCAAUAUUUUGGCUUCAACAGACAGGUACUCGUGCAGACAAAAAAGGAAAUUCAUGCAGUUUUGAAUUGUCGUAUGUCAGCUGUGCACUGUCGAUUUCAAACAAUUUUGUACGUUAUAUUUUGUCUUCCUGGUGUUUAAUAUAAAUGAUGAUAACCUUUUAAAAAAAAAUCCAGAGCAAUAUGUCUAUAAACAGUUUAAGUCAAUAGAAUGGACAUUCAAUGUGUAUUUGGCUUGUGUCCAAUUGUGUCAAGGCGCUAAUCCUACGACCUAUAAACAGUCGCUUUCGAGACACCUGUUUAACAAAAUUUAUACCAUGUCAUAUCAGAACAAUUCAUUGGCAUAUUAUAAGCAUAUUAUAAAUAUCAGAGCCAGAACAGAAACGUACGCGUGAAAUAAAACUACGCCCGAACCGGCGAACCCCGAGAAAAUAAAAAUAUUUCAAAGCGUACAGUCAUACGUUCUCGUUGCUUGAUUUCCUGAAUUUUCUGUUGCUAUAAGAAUCUGCAUUUUAGCAUGUUUGUAUAAUUUAAAAGCAAACAGAAACCAAUUUAGCAAGUAGUUUGAGGUAUAUAUGAUUCUUGAAGAUGAAUUAAUGAUUGUACAGCCACUCCUUGCAAUCGAAGUACGGAAGUGGAAACAUGUAAUAUGAGACUUUUCCAUCCCCCUCUUGGGCUAUCAAUUUUCAAUGGGUCACGUGACCAGCUCCAACCAGGGUCUUUGCUUCCCAAGAGCAAAGAGCCUGGGAACGAGGUUGGAUGCCCUUCUUGCAAAGUUACAGGCAUAUGGUGUUCGAAAUAGAGAAUUGACAUAGUUUACAGACUAUUUGUUCGGACGACAACAAUAUGUUCAACUUGGAGGCAAUAAAUCGUCAAACCAACCUUUCUUUACUGGAGUUCCUCAGGGGUCAGUGCUGGGACCCUUGUUAUUGCUAGUGUUUUAUAACGAUCUUGUUGACAUAGGGAUAAACUCACGUAUUAUAAAGUAUGCUGACGAUACUGUUAUCUAUUGCUCUGGAAAAAAUAUAGAAAUGAUAGAGAAAACACUGUCAAGCGAUAUGGAUGUAAUUGCAGAGUAUUUUGAUGCAAAUGAAUUGUUAAUAAAUCUAAAGAAAGAAAUGAUGGUUUUUGGUACUGGAAAAAGAUUAUCUGCACAACCUCGUCAAUUGAGAGUUGAAUAUAAAGGGCAACUUAUAAAUACAACACAGUCCUACAAAUAUCUUGGUUACGUAUCCGAGUACGACUAUUAUCAAGGAUCCGUAACUAUGUGACACCAAGUGUGGCGACGAAGAUAUAUCAAAUGAUGAUUGUACCAAUAAUUACGUAUAGUGAGAUGGUCAAAUUAUUUCUAACUGAGACGAAGCGACGAAAGCUACGUCCAUUGAAAACCGAGCACGAGCAAUUAUUGGUGAAGAAAUAUACUUUCCUGAUCUAGAUAAAUUGAUAAGAAAGAAAGCGUGUGAUGUUUUAUGAAAAUGCUUGGAAAAAGAUAUUUGCAGUAACUUCUAUAAUUAUUUUGAAAUUAAUAACCAUAGUCAUAAUACGAGAAACAGAAAUAAUAUGAUAAAGCUACCAAAAGUAAAGCUUGAAUUUGGUAGACAUGCUUUUCGCUUUGCAGCGGCAAGAAUUUAUAAUGUCUUGCCUUGCGAAAUUCGAGCUGAAAAGGACAGCAAAAUAUUUCGGAAACUGCUAGAAAAUUAUUACCAAUGAUUAAAUUAUAGUAUAUAUUAUUAAUAUAGAUUAUAGAUUAUUUAGUAUGGACUAUUUAGUUAAAUAGAGGACACAUAUUGAUAACAGUAGAUUACUGAAAUGUUUAUCCUCUGUAAAGAUUUUGAAAUACAAUACAAUACAAUACAAUACAAUACAAUACAAUACAAUACAAUACAAUACAAUACAAUACAAUACAAUACAAAUUAUUUAAAUACCCAUGUAUAAAGCUCAUUAGAAAAUCUUAGCAAUAACCCCCAUCCCCAGUUAAUAAUACUGUAUGUUUGUCACUUUGUUCAUUUCAGAAUGAAGAUCAUUGCCAUUUUAAAAAAAGGAGAUUUCUGCCACAGAACACAAUUAAAUUUAACUGCCCAGCUAGGAUUCGUCUCCAAGACGUGAUAAAUUUCCUAGCAUUAAAGGUACAAACUUACACAUGCUGAUUUCCCACCAUACUAGACUGGUUCACUUAAUUUAUUUCUACUCACUUUACAGAUAAGAGACGAUACAGCUCGACUGCGGAGGGACAUGUCAGAGACACUUAAGAAGGGCAUAGCAGACAAAGACAAGCCUCUAUUUGAGCGCAGGAUAUACAUUCACCUCCCAAAAGAAAAUGAACAUGAAGACCAACCGGAGAGGUAAGCAUGCUUUGAAUGCAUUCAAUAGUCCAUUUUCGAUGGAUUUCAUAUAGACCCAUGAUUGCAGUUUAUCUUUUUGGAGAAGGGCUUAAUAGACUCUUAACUUAAGGGGAUCUAGUACUAAGUAAACAAAUUUAUUUAGUAGAUUUGUGUUUCUUUGUUUGAGGGGAGGGGGGAGUAUUAAAAAUUGAGGAUAUAUGCUAACACAUCUCCUCUAUUUAUGAAUUGGUUAGGCUGGUGGUAUUUUGCAACCAAUCGACAAGCGAAUUGUCAGGAAAAUUGAAGCGCUUGUUGGGGAAGGAGUAAAGACAGUUGGUGAAAUGAAAAGACAUUUACAGCAAUUUGUUAAACAUGAACUGUUUCAAGACAACAAACCUUGCCCUUCAAAAAGAAACCGACGAUACUAUCCUAACAAUGUCGAUAUACGGAACCACAUGUAUCGUGCAACGGUAAAAAAUAUGCUCUCGAAGAUUGACCAAGAAAAUUUGGAGAAAAAAAUUGAAACAUGGAAAAAGGACAGCCCUGAUGACUCCAUAUUCUUUCGAACUUGUUCCGUAUCUCCAUACGAUAAAACAUCUGAAGAUGAAAAAGACGACAUCACAGCAAACGUUUUCGAAAAACUACUUUUUGCCUACCAGACAACCUGGCAAAAGAGACGGUAUGGAAAUGAGAUGACAUUACUAGAUGCAACAUAUAAGACGACAAGAUAUAAUUUACCUUUAUUUUUUCUGGUGGUAAAAACAAAUGUCAAUUAUGCAGUUGUUGGGGUUUUGUGAUUCAAAAUGAAACUACUGUUGACAUAACCGAAGCACUGCAAAUCUUUCGUCAGUUGAAUCCUUCGUGGAAACCGUCAUUUUUUAUGACAGAUUUUUGUCAAGAGGAAAUUAUGGCAAUAGAGACAGUCUUUCAAGGUAAAACAUACUGCAGCUUGUUGCAAAACUAGUAAUAAAUUGUUUUAUUAUAUAAAGUAUAGUGCUUUAUAGAGAUUUCGAGCACUGAUAAAAGUGAUAUUACAUGUGAGAUUAUUUAUGAUAAUCUCACAUGUGAAAAUUAUCGCUUUUCAGUUAACACGAAAAAUACAUGGGUGCUUGGCCGCACCAUGUAUUAUUCUCCAUAUAUAUUACGAAUUCCCUAUUUUUGGAGUUACUCUUGUUGUGGGUAAAUAGUAAUUAGUAUGUUUACUCUCCAGUAUAAAAUCUUAAAGUGUCUUGUUCUUAAUGUUAAUUCAGAGACGACAACUUAUAUAUGCGACUUUCAUCGUGAACAAGCCUGGGAGCGAUGGCUUAAGAAAGGUGAUAAUGGCUUAACGCACAAGAGAGAUGACGUUCUAAAACUGCUGCAAACUGUUGCAAAGUCAAAUACAGAAGAUGAUUAG